AUGAUAUGCAAGGACCUCCAGCCUAUUUCAGUUGUAGAGGACAGGGGUUUCAUUGCAUUUGUGAAGACUCUCAACCCAUGCUAUAAAAUCCCAAGCCGCAGAUGGCUAAUGGAAGGGAUCACAGACAUGUACAAAAACUCUGUCAACAUUAGUUUAGAGCUAAAAAGAAUCACAGAUGAAUGGGGCAUAACUCAGAAGGUGCUAGCAGUUGUCACAGACAAUGGUCCCAAUGUUGUCUCUGCGUACCGCUCAGAAGGCACUGAUGCGCUCAUUGAGAUGCGUCGCUACUUAGAGGAAAGGGUAAUUCUCCGGGACCAAGACCCGUUACACUGGUGGAAAGAGCAUGAACAAACUUUCCCAUCCCUAAGUAGAUUUGCAGUGAAAUACUUGGGCAUCGUUGCUUCCUGUGUCCCCGCAGAGAGAGUUUUUUCCAAGACGGGAGAACUGAUAAGCCAACGGAGAAGCCGACUGAAGGGGAAAAAUGUAAACAUGCUGCUGUUUCUAAACAAAAACCUAAAAAUGUAGAAAAAUGAAUCAGAAGACCUGGAUGUUUUUCUGAUGUAAAGGAAGUCUUU